GCACGCCUUUCCCUUUAUCUAGACGACGACAUCAUGGCACAAAAAUCCUUGAAAACGCUGGCAGCAAAGAACACAUCCACCUUGAAUCGCACCCAUCUCAUCACCCUCGCCAUUCAUGCAACAUAUCUUCUCUGCUCUCUGCUCCUCUUCCGACGUCGCUAUCGAUUCCUUCCAUACAUUCUCUGCGCACUGCCAGCUCUCGGAAUCGAAAUCUACUUUGAGCGUCUCGCGCGCCCAACCUUUUCGGCGAAUGGCGACUUGAAACGUGCUGGCGAGGAUCUGGAAGCAAAGGGACUGACGGAGUGGAUGUGGGAUGUGUUGUACUGGACUUGGGGAUGCAUCGUGCUGGUUACACUGGCUGGGACCUGGGCCUGGUGGCUGUAUGCUGCAGUGCCGGUGUACACAGUCUACUCGCUGUUCGGAACAUAUUCAAAAGUCAAAGGAGGAAUGGGAGGGUUGAUGGGACAAGGCCAGACCGUGGAGGAGAACAGCGGGCAAAGCAAGCGGCAAGCAAAGAUGGAAAAGAGAGGAGGUCAAAAGGUGCAAUACCGAUAGCGGC